GCUAGUAGACGCUCGUGAGCCAUGGUGAUACAAAGGGUGCUAUGGUUCAUAGGGCUGAGCAUAGCUCUGGUGGCAUGUUCAUGGCUCAUGUAUGACACGUACAGUCGAUGGGUGCAAUCGCCAGUCAUCAGUACCACAGACGAAACUCAGCGUGCAGAAGAUAAACGAGGAGCGGGGAGCUUCUCUGCUGCUUUUCACGCAUGCGUAAUCCAGAGAGUUUUCAAAGGUUGUGAUUUGAACUCUAUACCGAGUAAACUUCAAACUCUAUUUAUUUUUCUUUUCAGAAUGAAUAUCUUCCUUAAAUUGCAAAUGGUAUGCACGGUAUCAAUUGCGGAAGAAGACAUGGGAGAAAUAGUAGAUAAUGCAACUGCAAACAUAAUAGAAAAUCAUGCUCUUAACAAAGAAGACGUAAUCUGUGAUGCAGACACUCUUGGAACAAAGGCACAGUUUCAGAGCGUUUUAACCGAAGAAGGUGUAUGUUUUACCUACAACAUGAUUCCUGGCACUGAUCUAUUUCGAGAAGGAACGUUUCAAGCCAAUCGUAACAAGAAUAUCAGUUCACCAAAGACUAAUGUUACUUGGGAUCCUGUAAAUGGAUACCAAAAAAGCAGCGAUAACUGCUACCCACAUACCGCAUCAGGUUUAGGAAGAAACGCAGGACUCUGGCUGCUCCUUCACACGAAAACAAAAGAAUUACAUUCUCUCUGCAACCUCAUGGGUCAUGGAUUCAAGGUGAUUUUGCACAGUCCCAUCGACUUCCCUCAGUCGGAACACGAGAGCGUGCACGUCUCCCUGGAGAACGUGUUUCACCUGGCGCUCACUCCGCACGAGAUGAGAACAGCGCCCCGUCUCCGCCACUCGUACUCGCCCCAGCAGCGCCAGUGCUACUUCCCCGACGAGCGCUACCUCAAGUACUUCAAGUACUACUCGCAACGCAACUGCGAACUCGAGUGCCUCUCCAACCAGACCCUGGAGAAGUGCGGCUGUGUUGAGUUCUAUUUGCCACGGAUGCCAAACACACCAGUCUGCGGUUGGAAAAGCAAGGCCUGUAUAGAAAAAGCAAAAGUGGAUCUUUAUAAGACGGCAGCUUUUCCUUCUGGCUCCCAGGGAAAAAUAGAUAGUUCCCUGAAAUAUACACUUACGUGCAAAUGCUUUCCGAGUUGUACACAUAUUUGGUACAAAAGUACAUGGUCAACCUCGGAAAUGAGUCAGCAAAUAAAGAAGCACUUUUUUGGAAGAUGCAUGAAAAGGAAUGAAGAGGACAUCAGACGAUCCAUUCUUUUUGUCUAUUAUAAAGAUCCACUAUUCAUCCCAAUUCGACGAGUAGAAGUGUUCGGAACUACUGAUUUGUUAGCUAGCAUGGGAGGCCUGAUGGGUUUGUGCAUGGGCAUCAGUCUCCUCAGUGUGAUCGAGUUCUUCUAUUGGAUGUUGAUCCGACCGUUCUGCCAGCGCAUCAAACAGAGCAACCCUCAACUCCGAAGCAUUCGAAAAGCAUUCACGAAGGACAAUGUGGAAGCGUCGGUACAGUACUCGAAACAUCUGGACGAAAAAGCAGAAAACCAGCAAGGCCCUUGAAAACUUAGGAAUGCAUUAUAUGAGUACUCUACAUUGAUUUAUAUGUAUUCUUCCCUGUUUCUGUGGGGAGAGAAUUACAUUAAGCAAUUAAAAUGUAUUAAAAAGUAAAAAACUAUUAUGUAAUAUGACUUUUACUAAUUUUAAAGAGAGUUAGACGUCAAUACUAUAUUAAUUUAAACAUAAUAAUUUUUAAAAAUAAUAUCUGUACAUUAACAAAG